AUGAUAUCUGAGUGGAUUGGUGGCGAUGGAAGAAAUUAUGACAUUAAGUACACAGUGGCCUUUGAUGAGAAGACAUUGAUUGACCUUCAUGACAAUGCUGAAAUGUAUAACCUCUUUCAAUACAAUGGGAACAGCGGUCAUGUGUAUGUGGCUGAAAAAAGACAAAACAGAGAGAUUCAUGGGCAUGUCACAGCAAACGAACUGGAUGUGUCUCCCAUUAGUUUGUGUUGUGAUUAUGGCUGGCUCAGUGAAGAAAAUGCUCGUGAAUGUGACAAUGAUGAAAUAAGUGGGCCCCCUAAUGUGGAUAAAUCUAUCGGAGCUGAAGAUACGGAUGGUAGUGAGAUGGUUCAUGCGGAAUGGAGGGGACUUUUAACAGGAGUGGGCCAACGUUUUCCUAGUGCAGAUGUAUUUCGGGUGUUUGUAUACAAGUUUGCACUUGCAAACAAGUUUGUGGCCAAGUAUAUGAGGAAUAGCAAGGAAUUCAUGUCGAUAAGGUGUAAAGUUGAGGGUUGUCCAUGGAAGCUAUGUGCAAAUCAUGUGGGGAAGAGUUGUGAUGUGCUACGAGUGACGACAUUUAUAAACCGGCAUGUUCAUUCUGCCCAAGAUAGCUUGGACGUGAUGCAUAGUGGAAGAGCUAGUUUGAACUCAUCAAUAAUAAUUGAUGAGAUGAGGGAUCAUGCAGACAAGCGCACUUCUGAGAUAAGGAAGAGGUUGAAACGAGAGUAUGGGAUUGAUCUAACAUAUAAACAGGCUUAUAGAGCAAGAGAGAAGUCACUGGAAGACAUAUAUGGCAGGCUUGAACAAUCAUACAUGCUCAUACCAUGGGUAUGCGAAAGGAUAAAGGAAACAGAUGAAAAAUCAGUGGCUGAAUGGACUGCUAUUGGGAACCGGUUUGAACGUGUUUUCAUUGCCUACGGGGCAUGCAUUGAGGGUUUCUUGGGUGGCGCGAGGCAUAUUAUGUAUGUUGAUGGAACUCACUUAAGCGGACCAUACAAGGGGACAAUGUUGUCAGCUUCAGCUUAUGAUGCAGAUAACGAGCUGCUGCCAUUUACAAUUGCAAUUGUGAAGGGAGAAACACUAGAUAACUGGACGUGGUUUUUCUAUAUGAUAAAAAAAAUCCUGAGUUCUGUGGAAGUAACGAUUGUAUCAGAUCGACACAAUGCUAUCAUCGGAGGAGUGGCAUCAAUCUUUGGGGGUCAAAGGCAUGCCUUUUGUUAUAGACACAUCAAGGAGAAUUUUAGUUCAGAAGUUAUGAAAAUGAAUAAGGGGCAAACAAGGACAAAUGGCCGAUCAAAGGAGGAUGCACUAUAUUUAUUGGAUAAAAUUGCAUACACAAGGACGGAUGAGAAAUUUGAGGCAGCAAUGGAUGACAUGAGAUCCUUUUCUCCAAGGCUAUUUGAUUGGCUUAUUCAUCAUGGGGAUGUAGAUAGGUGGGCUAAAAGUAGGUUCCCAUAUAAAAGAUGGGACAAUAUUACAACUAAUAUAGCAGAAUCAUUCAAUGCAUGGAUGGUGAAUGAGAGAAAGCAUACUGUACCCCAAUUGAUCUAUGAGCACCGAGAUAAAGUUGCAAGAAAGCUGCAUGCCUCCUAUGUGGGUAUGACCAAAUGGAAGAAUUGCGUUGGCCCAAAUAUAGAGAGUAAGGUGCUAGAUAUGGUGGCUGGGUCUGACCAUAUGUAUGCUGAAAAUUAUGGUGGGGGAAGAGUGAAGGUGACAACAUCACGUGGAGACCAUCGUGUUGAUCUUGGACUACACCAAUGCAGUUGCAGAUCUUGGCAAAUGACGGGGAUCCCUUGUUCCCAUGCUUGUGCUGCCAUCAAGAUUGUGCACGGCAAUGUUUAUGAUUAUAUUGAUAAUUGCUAUAAAAAGUCAUCACAAGAAAAGAUCUAUGCUCGCAGUAUGAUUCCUGUGGUAACAACAGACAUGCCUCACCCAAAUGACUACUAUAAAAUAGAAAAUGUCAGUGAGCAAGUUUUCUUGCUACCUCCCAUGACAUCCCGACCACCAGGAAGGCCAAAAGUAAACAGGGAUGAAUCACAGUUCCAGAACAAACGGAUAUACCACUGUGAAAGAUGCCACCAGCCUGGACACACAAGGAGGAAUUGCAGAAAUCUUAACCCAUCAUGA